CGCACUGAAGAGGAAAUAUUCUUGAAGCUUAAUCUUGUUCGUUUUCGUAGCCUCUUCGCCCACUUGCUGGGACAGCCCGAAAGCGACUGCGAGGACGUCUCCUACGUUGACGUCGACCUUUUGGCAACGAAUAGCUUCUACUUUGACGGCUUCGCUGUCGAUAAGUUUUCCCAACCUCGGCAGACUUUCCUAGUUCAAAUCAGUUUGAAUGUCUGUGGCCAGGUUCGACCAGCCGGCUUACAAGGUGUUCGAGCCCGGCUACCGCACACGGCGGACGAUAAUCGUUGACGAACAGGUCGAAUCGCCCGAGACGCUGACUAUCAGGCUUGAGGAAGAAGCUGCGCGGAACGGAGGAGACCUUUGCGGGGGUUCCCCUACCGGUCUCCUGCCCAUGUCGUACAAGGCUCAGCCGUCCCAGCUGCACGAUUCCUCCUACCCGCCAUAUUCGUCUCAGACCUUCUCGAGCGAAAAUGCAGCAUCGCAGAUGAAUCAGAUGGCAUUUGCCGCAAACAAUACGGCGACUGGACAGUACCUUGGUCCUCAAACGGCCUCUGGGCCUGCCCUUGAUGUCAUUUCAUGUCAGCCCAGUAGCGGAUCCUACGGCACCAAGAUAACCCUCAAAGUGAGGAGCCAGUACGAUCUCGCCUCUGGGGCCAUAUCAGCACACGACCCCUUUGUUUCGGUCCUUUUCGGGUCGCAGCGAUGCCCAGCCCAAGUGACGAGGGGUUCUAGGGAUGGUAAUAGUGCUUGCACCUACACUGUUACCGCUGAGGCUCCCCAGUUUCAGACGACAAGUUGCCCUUCGCUCAGCAACGUGCCCUUGACAUUGCUGGUCGAGGGCACCAACGGCGAGGAAGUCGCACGAGUUAACAGCGCUGGCGUGUUCUCAUACCACGGUGGACACGGUGCAGCCGCGGGUAGUGUGGUAGUUGGGGGCUCUGCUGACACCAGCACUCCGGACCUAGAGUCACCCAGGACACGGUCACCUGUCCCGCGCCCCAGCCCACCUAACCAAACCCUAAAGGUGGACACCAAGACUGCCAGCCUGCCUUCUCACCACGGGCUUCCUAGCGACUCAGAUACAAAUACAUAUGGUUUCCCACCUGUCGUCUCGGCCGCCACGUCGGCAGCCUCGCAGGCACAUGCGCAUGUUCAACCCGACUUCGCCUUCAGCCAAGGAAGCAGCAUGUUGGGGCCAUACCGCACUGAGCCUCCAUCCUAUACGGAUCAAUACUCUCGUGCACCUCUACUGCGAUCACCGCAUGGAUCACCAUGGUCGCCCUUUGGGAACCACAUGGACACGAUCCAGAGCUCUGCAAGGGCUGUUCCAGCACACAGCAAUGGACUUGCACGGCCAAGCUUGAAUCCUAUCCACCACUCGAAUUCAUCGACUCCCCAGCUAGUCCGGACGAGCACCAUCUCCCAGUCUCCAAAUGCAGGGCCAUCGGGUUACAACCCAUAUAUCUUGUUCCAGACGAAAGCCUCGCUCAACAUCGUUGGUGACCUUGAGAGCAUGAAAGAGAACUGGACGCACGAGGAGUGGGAGAACAGGCGCAGAAUCGUCCUCUUCAAGAAGCAGCAGAAUGGAAACGUGCUCACAACCAGCUUCAAGCCCGUGAGCGUCUCCGAACGGCCUCCAGGUAGCAUCUGCAUCAGUUGCAUAUGGUGGCAGGAAAAGAAUGACUGUUUUGUCACGUCGGUCGACACAAUUCACUUGCUGGAGCAGCUUGUUGCUGCACCCAAGAAGUUCGCGGUGGACGAGAAAAACCGCAUACGCAGAAACCUCGAGGGAUUCCACCCGUUGACGGUCAGCAAAUCUAAGUUCGACAGCGAAGAGUUUUUCAAACUUAUCAUGGGGUUUGGGAACCCAAAGCCACGAAACAUUGAGAAAGACGUCAAGGUGUUUCCAUGGAAGGUCCUGAGCCAGGCGUUAAUGAAGAUCAUCUCCAAGUAUAGCGCCCCGUCGUCCGGCAAUUUUCCGCCACCAGCUAGUGUUAGCAGCUCAUACCCGACUUUGCCCCCUACACCCGUCUCCGCGUCUUCAGCUAGUGCUGCCGACCCCUUGAUGGCAACGGCAUACAUGGGUUCCGGACACCAUCAGCACCAUGCAGAGUCGGGACCAAGUCCUCGGCCUCUCUCGGGUGGCUCAGCAUCUUGGGCGGCGUACGGGGGACCAGUCAAGACAAUGUCGCCAGCCAUGAAACUUGAGACCAUCAGCUCCCCGAUCCCAACAUCUGGCCCGAUGACAUCAGGUCCGAUCCCAACAUCAGGUCUGCGCAUCUCAACGCUACCUGCUGUUUACGACAGCCGCGGGUCGUUACAGAGCAUCACAUCUCCAUACAACAUGCCUAGUUCGGCCCACAGUGGCCAAUACCAUGGACAAGGAGGCUAUAGCCAACCGGGAGUACCCGUCACACAGAGCCAGACCCGGAGCUGGGAGGGGUACGCGGUCGCAGACGCCUACUCAACCCAAUCGAACCACCCCCACAGCCAAGUCUAUGGAGCCGGGCCAUAUGGCGAGGGCACCCAGCGCGCUUAGACUGGGCAGCGAAACGGUGCUGCGCUUGACAUCUGGCAGAUAAUUAUUGUCGGCUGCGGCAGCCCUUUUGGCCUUGGCGGCGGCAGCUGGCGCGUGAUGGUUCCACUCCUGGCUGUCUUUCGAUGUGGGGUGGGCGACUAGCGGCCGUUGUCGAUGCGUGAUGCCCGGAUGGACGACGGCAUGUGAGAAGACGGCCCGGACAAAACAGCCAUGGGGCGUCUCGCAACCUGGGUGACUGCAGGACGUGAGUCAUGGUCGUGGUGGGAGGGGCAUGUGAUG